CGUACGAGGUUUCAAGCCGUCAUAUUUCCCUUACAAGAAUCAGUAAGCAGAGAAACGCUAAACAAUGAGUGCCCUUUGUAAGCAUUGUCAACGUAGUCACGUUGCUGUCAUAGUCACAUCAAAUUUUGUUUAGUUUUGUGUGGUAUCCACUGUGAAGAGGUUGUUGUUAGUGUGCGCUCUCUGUUAGAUGAAAAAUGACUUCACGAGGAAGGAGAAUGGUUGAGCUAGUGAUGCGAAAUUACCACAGUGAAAGUAAUUCUACAUCUGAUGAAGGUAAGAUGAAUUACUAUUAAUUUUAUAUGUGAGAUAAUCAUCCACAGAGAUACAGAUCGUUAGUUUGAUUGACUUCAUUCCCAUUCAUUGUCUGUAUACCAUACUGUAGAAAUUACAGAAGCAGAAGAAAAGAAUGGUGAAAUCUCGUCUGCAAUACAAAACUGUUCCAUAAUGAAACGGCUGCAAGAGUUAACUGAAGAAGAUUGCAAUGAUUUCAAAGUGCUUAGUUCGGGUUCAUCAGAUGAUUACAUACCCGAAAACAGCAUGGAUUUUUCAUUACCACCACCACCACCACCAUCACCAUCUCUGAGGCCAAAGAAAAGGAGAGCUGCAGUUCAACAGAAACUGCAACUAUCUUUAGAAAACAUCGGCAAUCUCACAAAGGAGAUACAAUAUGGAUAUCCACAUUCACCGACAAAUCAGCUAUUCAGUCCUGAUUCUUCAAUUUAUGUGGGCAAAGAUUUUGUGAUGUUAGUGAACAUGCAACAGGAAGAAGUUAAUCCAGUGACCGUUGAGUCUAAUGAUCAAGAACAUGGGCAAUCUGACAGAGGAAAUGAAGUUGGUAAGGAAAAUAAAACGAGAAAAAGAAUUAAGAACAUUGACAAGUGGAAAAAGCACAUAAGAAAAAUGAAUAGGCAGUCAGGAAAGGCGUACAAAUCAACUGCUAAUAAAGAAGUACCAGCCAGAACACUUUAAGUAUAAGGGUUGUUCCAAAUGCCAGAGAAAGUGUAGAGAGAACAUCAGUGAAACUGAAGGGAGACAGAUGCUCCAAGGAUUCUGUAUAAUGAAAGAUAUAGAAAAACAGCAACAGUAUUUAGCUCCACUUAUUAAGGUGGUACCUAAAGCAAGGUCACAUUCUGCAGGUGCGCAGUCUCAAAGAAAUGUGACAAAGAAGUAUGUUC